AUCAGAUUAACAUACAUACUCUUAUUAGCUUGUAUCAAAUUUAUUUUGAGUGUUUAGGUCCAAAGAAUCAUGGAGAGGACACGAUUUGGGCUUUUCUUCUUCCUUCUCUUUCUCCUUGCUUCUCAGAUGGUGGUGCAAAGCGAGGGAAGGCACUGCGAGUCAAAGAGCCACCGGUUUAAAGGAAUGUGCGUUCACGAACGCAACUGUGCUUCGGUUUGUAACUUAGAAGGUUUCUCCGGCGAAAAGUGCCGCGGCUUCCGUCGACGCUGCUUCUGCACCAGGCAUUGCUAACACGGUUUAAACCUAAGAUCUGAGAUUUUAUAUUAUUUGAGUCAGCUCGUUAGUAGUCGUAGUAAUGUUAAGUAAUAAAAUAUGUACUAAUUAAUUGGUACAUGCAAUCUAUGCAUGCAUGGUGCUAAUUAAUUAAUUAAUUAAUUACAAGUACCAACUAUGUAUGUUUUAUUUCUGUGGUUUCAUUAUAUUUAUUUCGCCUAUUUCUAGCUAGGAUAAAUUUAAUUUGUAACGAAUAAUCUUGUUCU